AUGCCUGUUGUCGACCCCCAUCACCAACGAAGUCAAGCUGCGAGUCUACUUAUCCGCAAUUCGCCCCAUCAUGAUGUACGGAUCGGAGACUUGGGCAGCACCAUCAACGGUUAUGGAGAGGCUCGACUGCACGGAACGAAAGCUGCUCAGAAAUUGAUGUGGAGACCGGCAGAUCGCCUUCUUCAACGAGUUCUGGGGAGUUUGCCGGGUUCAAGCUGGAAGAAGCCACCUGGCCGAAAACGGAAGUUCUGGACUGAGGUGGUGAAAGAGGACCUGAGGACACUUGGCGUGGAUAGGCAGUUCAGGCGAGACGUAAGGUUUCGCAGAAUAUGGAACAACGACGAAUGGAUUGAUUCUGUGCAAGCUCUCGCAGAAGAUCGAGAAGGUUGGGCAGAGCUGUGUUCAAGGACGGCACACCUCGGCGAAGAUGCGGGUAAUCGCGUCAGGCGAUGA